CUUACUCCCCAACUGGCCUCAGUAGUCCUCUGGCAGACACUGUGGGAUCCCGGGAAGUAGACAGAUCUCACAAAUUGAUUUGGGCCAAAGGACGACCUGAUAAGAAGUGACAACAUGGCAAUAGCGGGCUGCACGAGAUGUAUUAAAUACAUGUUAUUCUUCUUUAAUUUUAUUUUCUGGCUGGCAGGAGGUGUGAUCCUAGGAGUGGCCCUGUGGUUACGCCAUGACAGUCAAACCAGCAACCUCCUCAUACUUCAGUUUGAAGGCCACCAGGCACCGGGCACCUUCUAUAUCAGUGUGUACAUACUGAUAGCCGUUGGAGCCGUGAUGAUGCUCGUGGGCUUCCUGGGAUGUUACGGUGCCAUUCAGGAGUCUCAGUGCCUGUUGGGGACGUUCUUCUUCUUUUUGGUGAUCCUCUUUGCCUGUGAAGUAGCCGCAGCAAUCUGGGGAUUCAUGAACAGGGACACUAUCUCCAAAGAGCUGAUCAAUUUCUACGACUCGGCGUACAUCAAGGCCGUGGACGUCUCAGGGACUCCCAGCAAAGAAGGAGCCAUCAAGGUGCUGGAAGUUUACCACGCCACGCUCGACUGCUGCGGCAAAGGAGACAACACCCCUCUCUUCCUACAAGUCGCCUCCACCUUGUGUCCUGGAAAGACUCCAGAUAAUUAUCAAAGCUGUCACAAGAAACUCACCGACUUGUUCUCUGAGAAGCUCUACCUGAUCGGCCUGGCCGCGCUGGUGGUGGCCGUCAUCAUGAUCUUCGAGAUGAUCUUCACCAUGGUGCUCUGCUGUGGGAUCCGUAACAGCCCGGGGGUGUACUAGGAGUCGAACGAGCGGAAACUGCCCGCAUCAGCACCGGUGCUGGAAUUAUUUUAUUUCAUGUUUUUCAAUGCCUCGUCGUCUUUACGCUUCCAGGACGAGGCGGGUGCUCCUGGAUUUAUUUUAGUUGAAGGAAAGACGACCUGUUUGUAAUAUUGCUAAUCUAUCGGCACUAAUCUUUAGGCAGUAAUUUAGCUUCUAGCAGCGAGAUGUUCUCCAUGUAUCAUACGACAUGUCACGUGAAUCUUUUAUACACACAUUAUGUCAUGAAAAGUCGUUCAGUAGUUCUAUUUUUAAGGUUGUAUAAAUUGUAAAUACACUUGUCACGUGUUGAUAACACUUAGAGGAGUCCCUGUAUUCCCUGACUGAUUGUUUGUGUUGCAUCUCGCUGCAGCGUGACAGAGUUGUUUAAAGGUUUCAGCUGUGAGAAAAUUCUUAAUAAUCAGGAGGAGUCUGCGAGGAAUUUUUUUACCUGACUGUGUGUCUCUUUGUGCCAGAUGAACCAUCUCAUGCUGUCUUACCUUUGUAAGUUUAUGAAUCACGCCUAAUUAAAAAAAUACAAAUAAAAAAAAUGUAUUCUCACACAACCUGUUUUAAGAAAGCGAAUAAAUGAUGCCACCUCCCUUGUA